UUGUGUAAUUAUAACACAUUUAAAAUGUUUUUUAACGAUAACAUAUUAGAGCGCCCACUAAGUACAGCUGAAAAGAUGUUUAAAAGCGGUUUGUAUUCAGAGCUGAGAGGAAAGUGUGAACUGAGCAUGUCCACACAGGAGGAGCUGCAGCGGGUUGAUGGACGUGAGCCAGUAAAUACGCUAAAGCUAACAGCUCGGGAGAUUGUGUAGAGUAGAAACAUACAUCAUGUCGCUUACCUGCAUUGUUUAUUAAACUCUUCAGUGACACUGAUGUUCGGGGAAACGGGAAAAUGUGUGUGUGAGAAACGCUUACUAUGGAUUAUGAAAUGGUGGUGAAUAUUUUCUCAGGAAACAGGAUUCUCUGGACUUUUCUCCCCCUACUGUGCUGUUUACUGUGUGCAGCUGGAGACGAGACGGUCACACUGCAGGAAGUGGAAGGAACCACUAUAACUCUCCAUACUGGGAUAACUGGAAUUCAGAGUGAUGCUCAGAUUCAGUGGUUUUAUGGACCUGAGAAAGCAGAGGAAAUUAUAUUGAUUAGGCAGGUGUUUAAAGGAGAAACUGUUACAGAAAUCAGUGAGAGAUUUAAAGAGCGACUGCAGCUGGACAGAAUCAGUGGAGCUUUAACCAUCAGGAACAUCAGCAGAAACCAUUCUGGAGUUUAUUUAUUACAAGUUCUCACUGGACGCAUCUCAUCUAGGACUUUCAGUGUCAGAGUUUAUGCUCCAGUAUCGACUCCAGUAAUAAUAAAAAGAGAAAGUCAAAGUGUGGUUUCCACAGAGCCGUGUUCCCCCCUGUGCACUGUGGAGAAUGGAGAAGAUGUGACGUUAUCCUGGUACAGAGAGAACGAGAGAAUCUCCAUCACCAAUAACACAGAUUUCAGUGUUCCCCUCAAUCUCCCACUUCAAAUACAACACCAUGAUAAUAACACCAACACUUAUAUCUGUGUGUCUGCAAACCCUGUCAGUAAUAAAUCAUCUUCUCUCAACAUCACACAGCUCUGUGAUCAUCACUCAGGACAAACUGAUCGUUCCCGUUCACUGCUUCCUGUCCUGAUAUCUGCUGGAGGUUUUGUGUUAUUAAUAAUAUGUGUAACGUUGUGGAUUUGGCUGAAAAAGAAAAAGCAGCAAGUUUCUGAGAAACCUGAAGUGACUUACGCUGAUGUGAAUGUUACAGCUCACAGUGCAGAGAGAGUUAAAGAGGAAGAAAAACCCGGAAUAACGCAGGUUGAAGCGGAGACUGAUCCAGUGGUGUAUGCAGAUGUGAGGAGAUAAGUCAACAUCUGUAUAUCCUUUUUAUUAUUUUAAUGAGUUUUAUUUUUGAAUUGAACAUACUUCUGUUCACAAUUGGUCAUAAAUGUUCAGUGUUUGUGUCACAUAAACCAUUUACACAUUUACAGUGUGUACAUCCUGUACAGUAAACGUUAAAGUGUGAACUUGGUAAUGUUUGAUAUUAUUUAGAGAUCAUUUCAGCCUAGAGUUUGAUGGGAUUAUAGGAAGUAGAUUUCAGAGUCUAUUAACUGAGUUCUGUCUGAAUUAGUAUUCCUGCUUGUGUUUGUCUCGUCAUAAACAUAUUUAUAAACUGAUUAAUCCCUGAGAAAUCCUGCAGGGGUUAGGGCGUGGCUUCAGGCAUCAGGGUCUAAUAUUUGAAUAUUUGCAUGCUCUGACUAGCAACAUUAAAGUUAGCAAAGACCCAAGUGUCAGAAAGUUAAAGUAAAAAACGAGCUUCAGCGAAUCAGCAGCUUUCAGUGUUUACGCUUCUCACAUUACAGCCGUAUUGUUCAGAUCAGAUAUCAGACAUCAGAUCAGAUACAGGAUACACAGCUCUGUGUUAGACGUGUGUGGGACUAGUUUCUCAACCCAACCCCCACCAGCUCCUGAAGGAAUUCUAACUAAACCCCACCCAUAACACCAGACUGUUAAAGCUCCAGACUGAGAGAGAGACAGAUCUAGAAGACGGUGUUAAAGGUGUUAGUCCGUGUUGUUUAUUUGCUCAUCAAAUUAACUCGUUCCUGAAAAACCUGAUAAUCUGGUCUUCUUCCUGGAACAUGGCUCGUUCUGGCUUAGUGUCGCUCUAACAAACACAACGUCAUAGCAGUCAGGACAGAAAAUAUAAGAUGUAGGAGAGACGUUUGCCGAGUUUAUUUUUUAUUAUUUUUUUUAUUAAAAUAAAACUGUAAAUAUGUAAAUUCCCCUUUUUUAUUUUGGCUUUAUGGCUAUUAAAACACUGAGCUUCUGCACAGUUUGGGGAUUUUUAAUUACAUUACAUUUUUAAUUAAAAACAAAUUAAUGCUAAACUUGUAAAGUUUAAAGGCUGUAAGGUUUCUCUCAUUAAAUGACUAAGUCCAUUAUUGUUUAUUUCAGUGAUCACACACACACACACACACACACACACACACACACACACACACACAGUUUAGCCCACAGAGAUCCGUCCUUCCCUGUUUUUAAUGGGCGUUGUCCUUGAAUUAAAUAAUAAAUGUCUAUUACACACAACACUGCCCCCUGCUGUUCAUAAACAGUACUGUGCAAAAGUCUACACACCCUUAUUAUUAUUAUUUUAAUAAAUGAAGAGAUGUUUAUUUGAUUUUUUUGUCAUUAAUGUGUGAGUAGAAAAUUAACACAACUAGGUUUUAUUACUUAUACAAGUAGUUACAUUUUAUAUGAAAAGUUACAGAGACGAAUGUUCUAGAAGUGCUCAGUAAUAGAGGACAUUUCAGAUAAACCCAUAAUGAGUCUGUUCUGGUUUUACUGCAGAACCAAAGUGAGAACCAAAUAUUCAAUAGAACUGUGUGAGGUUCUCCAAGAUGCAGAAAACCUGAACCUGAGAGAACGGAUACAGGUUUAAAGGCUUCAUAACAAAUACUGAUUUACUUUAUUAAUGUUUACUGCUAUUUAUAGUUUAUUUAUUUUAUAUAUAGAAACAUUUAUUAUAUUUGAGGGCUUUUACACAGUACUGUACAAUCUAUUCUGUUACAGUGAUAAAAGAUAAAUAAGAAAUAUCAAUUCUGAUCCUUUAAAACAAUCAGACAACAACAUCCAUGUUCCUCUGUCACCUGUAUAAGUAUUUCUUUAUAUAAAUUAUUUUUACCAAACCAAAAGCCAGGAACUAAUCUCCCAGAGCUUUUAAUAGGAUCUACAGCUGAUAUUUCCUACAACAGUUUCCCAUCACUUACACUUUAACUUUUCCUUUCUUCAUAUCAGUUAAAUCAGAAAAACUAAAUCAUUUCUCAUGUCAUUUAUAAAAGAUAUUAAUAUUUACUAGUUUUGUGCUUUGAUCAUAGAAUCAUAAAGGGAUGUGAUGAAGUCUCAUGAGUUUUUUCCAGUAUAUAAUUAUCUCUAAAGUCACACUGUAUCUAUCAACUGUGUGAUUAUAAAUCAAUUUUACACCAACACACUUAUUUAUUUUAUUAUUUAUGCCCAAAUCAUUCUCAGUUGUUAGCUAGAGAAAGAGAGAAGGAGAGAAAGUUGAUGAAAACAGUUUCUCCUACCGUAAAGAGCUCAGUAAAGCCUCCAGGUCAGAGGACGACGAUGUCCUUUUGAAUCACAUCCAUGUGAGGACACUGCUGUGUAAAUGGUCAACAAUUAGCAUUGUUCAGUAGCAGAAAAUCAGGUUUCAGGAAUGUUUUAAGUGGUUUAUCAACAUUACUUUCAUUCUUUUGCUGUACUGAGACAAUGCUCUGACCUUCACGAGCCGCACGCCUGCGCUUUCAAAA